AUGCUGGGAGGCGUUGCCGGUCGACAUAUGUCGAAUCGACGCAGAGGUUCAUCGCCUAUGGUGCGUUUGAGCGGUGGUGUGUUAUCCAGCUUAGAUGACAGCGGAGGCGGUGGUCCGGGCAGCAUCGGCAUGAAUGCACAAUAUGUGCCAAAAAUACCACCGAGGCGCAGACGUGCCGUUACAACCAGUGACCACAAAAGCUGUGCACUUAUACAAACGAGACUGAAAUUAGGCGAUAUAAUGUUGGCAGCGGCUCAGGAAGCGGCGCUAGCAGGGCAUCAACAGGGCUCCACAAGCGGGGGGCACUCGGGUCGAAGGGGAGCCCAUCGCUUAGCUGAUAGAAUGGGUGGCCCAAAGAAAGACGACACACCACCAGGUGGUGGUCCCACAUCAUUAUUUAUCCUAACUGAGGAUAAUCCAAUUAGAAAAUACACACGAUUCAUUAUAGAAUGGCCGCCCUUCGAGUACGCUGUGUUAUUGACAAUCAUUGCCAACUGUGUAGUGUUGGCAUUAGAAGAACAUUUGCCUGCGGGUGAUAAAACAGUAUUGGCUCAGAAAUUGGAAAGAACGGAGGCCUAUUUUUUAUGCAUUUUUUGUGUAGAAGCAUCGCUCAAGAUCCUUGCCUUAGGGCUUGUUCUGCAUAAACACUCCUACCUCAGGAAUAUUUGGAACAUAAUGGAUUUCUUUGUAGUAGUAACGGGAUUCAUCACAAUGUUCCCACAAAAAGGGCCCGAAGUAGAUCUAAGAACACUUAGGGCUAUACGUGUGCUACGGCCCUUAAAAUUAGUCUCUGGAAUUCCUAGUUUACAAGUAGUUUUAAAAUCUAUUAUCAAGGCAAUGGCACCGUUGCUUCAAAUCGGACUUUUGGUCUUGUUUGCCAUCGUUAUAUUUGCAAUCAUUGGACUCGAGUUCUAUUCGGGCGCACUGCAUAAGACUUGUUAUAGUUUAGAAGAUCCAAAUAAACCUGUUAAGGAAGGCGAAUCGGAGACGCCUUGUAAUACGGAUAAUAUACAUGAUAAAGCAGGUGGUUCAUAUGUAUGUAAUUAUAAUACGAGUAUGUGUCUGGAAAAGUGGGAUGGACCAAAUUCUGGCAUAACUAGUUUUGACAAUAUCGGGUUUGCCAUGUUGACUGUAUUCCAAUGUAUCACAAUGGAAGGCUGGACAGCAAUACUGUAUUGGACCAACGACGCUUUAGGUUCAACAUUUAAUUGGAUAUAUUUCGUGCCUCUUAUAGUUAUAGGCUCAUUUUUUAUGCUCAACUUAGUUCUUGGUGUUCUUAGCGGUGAAUUCGCAAAAGAACGUGAAAAAGUAGAAAAUAGACAAGAGUUUCUUAAACUUAGAAGACAACAGCAACUAGAAAGAGAAUUAAACGGCUAUGUUGAAUGGAUAUGUAAAGCUGAGGAAGUGAUAUUAGCCGAAGAAAGAACGACAGAAGAAGAAAAGAUGCACAUAAUGGAGGCCCGUCGUAGAACUGCCGCCAAGAAAAAGAAACUGAAAAGUCUGGGUAAAUCGAAAUCAACAGAUACAGAAGAAGAAGAAGGAGAAGAAGACUAUGGUGACGACGGAUAUCUGAAAUCGCGUUCGAAACCUCAAGGCAGUUGCACGGGAUUUUGGCGUGCAGAGAAACGUUUUCGUUUCUGGAUACGACAUACGGUCAAAACGCAGUGGUUCUAUUGGUUUGUUAUAGUUCUGGUAUUUUUAAACACGGUCUGUGUUGCUGUCGAGCACUACGGACAGCCAAAGUAUUUAUCAGAAUUUCUAUACUAUUCUGAAUUUACGUUUUUGGGUCUCUUUAUGUCGGAGAUGUUCAUCAAAAUGUAUGCGCUGGGUCCACGCAUUUAUUUCGAAUCAUCGUUUAAUCGUUUCGAUUGUGUCGUCAUUAGUGGUUCGAUAUUCGAAGUGAUAUGGUCUGAAGUGAAAGGUGGCUCGUUCGGUUUAUCCGUAUUGCGAGCUCUUCGUUUACUGCGUAUAUUUAAAGUGACCAAAUAUUGGUCGUCCCUGCGAAAUCUUGUGAUUUCGCUGUUGAACUCGAUGAGAUCCAUCAUUUCAUUGUUGUUCCUGCUCUUCUUGUUCAUUCUAAUAUUUGCCCUACUCGGCAUGCAAUUGUUUGGCGGGCAAUUUAAUUUUAAAGGCGGUACCCCCGAAACAAAUUUCAACACAUUUCCAAUAGCAUUAUUAACAGUAUUCCAAAUUUUGACCGGUGAAGAUUGGAAUGAAGUCAUGUAUCAGGGUAUUAUAUCACAAGGUGGAGCCAAGAAAGGAAUGAUUUACUCUAUAUACUUUAUCGUUUUGGUACUCUUCGGUAACUAUACGCUGUUAAACGUGUUCUUGGCUAUCGCUGUCGAUAAUUUAGCGAACGCACAAGAAUUAACCGCAGCCGAAGAGGAGCAAGUCGAAGAGGAUAAGGAGAAACAAUUGCAAGAGCUUGAAAAGGAAAUGGAAGCACUGCAAGCGGAUGGUGUACACAUUGAGAAUGGCGAUAGUGCUGCCGUAGCGAAUAAGGUCAAAAGUAAAAAGAAAGAAGAAGAGAAAAAGGAAGAAGAAGAGGUUACGGAGGGUCCAAAACCAAUGUUGCCAUAUUCAUCGAUGUUUAUAUUAUCACCAACAAAUCCCAUACGACGUGGCGCCCAUUGGGUUGUAAAUUUGCCAUAUUUUGAUUUUUUCAUAAUGGUCGUCAUCUCAUUGUCAUCGAUAGCGUUAGCGGCCGAAGAUCCCGUUCGUGAGAAUUCAAAACGAAAUAAAAUUUUAAAUUAUUUCGAUUAUGCAUUUACCGGCGUAUUCACAAUAGAAAUGUUACUGAAAAUUGUAGAUUUAGGUGUUAUACUACAUCCUGGCAGCUAUUUAAGAGAAUUCUGGAAUAUUAUGGAUGCUGUGGUCGUUAUAUGCGCUGCUGUUAGUUUCGGUUUCGAUAUGAGCGGUAGCAGUGCUGGACAAAAUUUAUCAACAAUCAAAUCGUUGCGUGUUCUGCGCGUCCUACGACCAUUAAAAACCAUUAAACGUGUUCCAAGUUUACAAGUAGUUUUAAAAUCUAUUAUCAAGGCAAUGGCACCGUUGCUUCAAAUCGGACUUUUGGUCUUGUUUGCCAUCGUUAUAUUUGCAAUCAUUGGACUCGAGUUCUAUUCGGGCGCACUGCAUAAGACUUGUUAUAGUUUAGAAGAUCCAAAUAAACCUGUUAAGGAAGGCGAAUCGGAGACGCCUUGUAAUACGGAUAAUAUACAUGAUAAAGCAGGUGGUUCAUAUGUAUGUAAUUAUAAUACGAGUAUGUGUCUGGAAAAGUGGGAUGGACCAAAUUCUGGCAUAACUAGUUUUGACAAUAUCGGGUUUGCCAUGUUGACUGUAUUCCAAUGUAUCACAAUGGAAGGCUGGACAGCAAUACUGUAUUGGGUAAAUUGAAUGUAACAAAACUAAGAGAAUUAUUGGUAUUUGCUUCUAAAAGUAAUUAAAAUGAAAACACCAAAA